AUGCCUUCAAUUAAACGAUCGAUAUCUCCAGUUGAGCUGGACGCUCCUCGGAAAACAAGAAGCACUAGAAAGCCAGCAGCUGGAGUUAGCACACCUAGCACAAGCACAAGCCUCGUUUCGCCGGAUGUGCAAGCACUCCAAUCUCAAUUUGAAGAGCUACAAUCUUUCGUCCUGAGCCAGGAUCUAUUGCACAAAACCUCUCCAUCAACACGAAAACAUGUCGACUUACACCCAGAUGCUGCUAAGAGUCACGCAAAUAUUGUUCGAGGCUUGAUUGAUGAGAAAAUUCUUGCAAUUGAGAAUGAUAGCCCCAACCGCAUAGAUCAGACCGAAAAACGCGACGCAGCCAUGCUUGAGUAUAUUCCAGAGGUUGGCAGGCUUGCAGAAAUGCCUGGAGGUCUUCAAUUAGCUUGUGAUUUGUUGAUCUAUCUGAGUGCUCAGUCUUAUUGCCACAAAAACUUUGAUCAAGACAAAAAUGAUCGAACUCGUCCCUCAGAUUCUUCUGCAGAUGUGUUACUUCUCCAUAUUCUCGAAAGACUGCACGAAGAAGACAAGAUCUUUCUGGUGUCAAAAUAUCUUGAUGUCUUGGAACCGCAUGUCAAGUUCUUUGAGCAAAAGGAAGCCCGUCCCUACUUGGAACAAUCUUUUGGAAGGCUGUCUUCUUGGAACAAAGGUUCUGGAAUAGCGCAGAGGACCUACGAGCGGCUACGGAAAGAAAUUGUCGCAAUGAGGGGCGGCCUCGACAAUGCUUGCAGCAAACAUCAUAUACCUACGAAGGUGUGGUACGCCCGAACAUUAGUUUCACGAUGCGAGGAAUUUCUUCCCAAGAUACGGCGCCUAGGGAAUCUUGAAAAUGGACUUUUGCUGGCCUUUGAUUUGUUCUUGUUCCUCAGCAGACAAUCAUAUUUUGAGAGUGGUGUUGUUGAGCCAUGGCUGCAGCAAUUGAAGCCUCACGACACAUUUAUUGAUAUCCUAGAUGAUAUGUUGAUGGAAACAGCAGUUCGGAUCAGGGAAGCCGAUCCUGAUUUUCAGCCUGAAGAUGCACUGGAAAAGCUUCAGGGAGAAGUGGAGUACUGGGACACAAUUCUUGAGGAAGAAUGUUUAGUUGACUCUUUCCGUAUCCUCUCCUCAUGGAUUCCCCUAUCUGCAAAGAAGUGGGCAAAGGAGAAGCAUGACGAAAUUCAAGCCGAUAUCUUGAAAGAGCAGCGCCGAAUAGAGAAACGCUAUCGCAAUUGUAGAGAUGACGGGAGAGCACCCCCGUUUGGCCUUCCUGUGGCCGCCGACCUUGCCAUCUAUAUUGAGGACUAUAAUUACAGCAAAGCAUUUGAUAAAUCUCAUAUGCAACAAAUCCUCUCGGCACCGCGAUCUCCAGCAGGGCCUAUGGACACUCUACUGGACAGCCUCAUCGACGAAAGAUUCGACCCCGCUAGCAAAGGUAUGGCCGAGGAUAUUCUCCAGAAAAUUCGCAAGUCAAACACCUACAUACGAACCAGAGGUACCUCGAACUAUUUUAAUCUUUCGCUCAAGAAGCUAGAUUCAAUCAUUUAUGCGGAGGAUCCACGAUCAAUCUAG